GUCAGAAUCCCAUCAAUUUUUUUUUUCUUUCCCUUCCACCUUAUACUCGACCGAAUUGUUUUUGUUGUCUCUUUGGCUGGACCCCAAGUAUCGCGCCGGAUCUGUCUUUCAUCGAACUCCCAUCUCUUUGAUUGCCCUUACCUCAUACACCGACUGUACAACACUCCAUCAUGCCGGAACCCAAGCUGGAGCAGGCGGUGCAGCCGCGCCCGCCGCAGUCAUCCUUUCGACUGGCCGAGAGGGUGUGUCAGCUCGUCCUGGUCUUCUCCAUCAGCUUCGCCGCCAUGUUCAUGAUGAUGACCAAGAUUUCCCCCGGCAAGUGGCCGUUGACGGAGCCGUCAAUAAGCAAGCCCAGGCUCAAGGUGUCGGGCCAGCGCGACUACCUCAUUGCCAUCUUCUCCGAUCUGCACUACGGAGAGCAGGAAUUUGGCUGGGGCAUUGACCAGGACAAGAAUUCCACCAGAGUCAUGCAAUCUGUCAUGAAGAGCGAACAGCCCGACCUCAUCGUGUUCAACGGCGAUCUCAUUACUGGCGAGGAUACCCACAAGGAGAACUCGACGCUCUACAUUGACCAGAUUGUCGAGCCCCUCGUCAGGACGAACCAGCGGUGGGCAUCCGUCUACGGGAACCACGACUCCAAGCACACCCUGGACCGCGAGCAGCUGUUCCGUGCCGAAAAAGGCUACGACCUCUGUUACACCACGUCCAUGGGCGACAAUCUCCCGGGCAUCACAAACUACUACGUCCCUGUCUACGAGGGAGACUCCAAGGACCCCAUCCUGCUAUUGUGGUUCUUUGACAGUCGGGGCGGCACUAGCUACCAGACGGAUUCCGAUAACAUGGACGACAUUCCAAACUGGGUUGCCCCCGAGACGGCCGAAUGGUUUACCAAAACCUACGACGACCUCAAGGACAAGCACGGCCGUGUCAUUCCCAGCGUCGCCUUUGUCCACAUCCCCCCUCACGUCUUUUUAGCUGCCCAGCAGACCAACCUCGACCCCGCCAAGUUUCCUGGGUUGAAUGCCGACAGCCCGCUAGCCAUCCAGGGCGAGGGCGGCGAGGACGCCCCCUUCGUCGAGGCGCUGCUCGAGGCCGAGGGUCUCCACAGCAUCUAUGUUGGGCACGACCACGGCGAUUCGUGGUGCUCGACCUGGCCCGGCCACGAGGCCGGACUCGGCGCCGAGGCCCCAUUCCUCUGUUUUGCAAAGCACACGGGCUACGGCGGCUAUGGCACCUGGGAACGCGGCGCUCGGAUGGUUAAGCUCUCCUUCACGCAGGGCGACGACCCAGACAUGUCGGUGGAGAGCUGGGUCCGCAUGGAAAACGAAGAAAUUAUAACGCGCGUAACUCUGAACGAGACCUACGGCCAGGACACUUACAAUGGGGAAUGAACACAUGCGGGAUGCACGCAGCACAACCACCAGAAUGACGGCCUCCAUCCUGCACACUCUUUAUUUGGCACCGGCAGAGCUAUGCCAUGUCCCGCUCCCGUCGCACUGACUGGUCUCAAAAGCAAAACAUGCGUGGGCAAGCAGUCGUCCCGAAGGAUGCUGUGCACGCUGUGCCCCAUCACUUCAUUCCUGCACACAUUCC